GUUGACUUGACUCGGUUCUCUUCUCUGCCAAUGAAUGAGUGCAAUGUGUACAUUUAUAAAUAGACAUAUUUAAUUUAAUUAUAUAGUUCAAUCGAAUACUAUCAAUCUAUGUGUGAAGUAAAAAUGUAGUUUUGUCUAAUAUCCAUUAAUUAAUCGUUAAUUAACAUCGUAAUAAAAAAUAUGUUGCGGCUUAAAAACUUCGCUUCUUUACUUGUAGUCUGUUUAGUGAUAGUUCCUAAUUUCGUAGCACCUGAAGAUGGCACGGUAUAUGAAUACGAUCCCGAAAGCUUCCAGAGGCAGAUUGAAGAUAUGGAUGGAAACUUUAUUAUGUUUUACGCACCUUGGUGUCGACACUGCACUGACUUCCAUCCAAUGUGGGCAGAGUUGGCAGAGCUGGUGAAUACUAAGGAGUCCAAAUUUGCCAUCGCUCAGGUGGACUGCACAAGACAUGCGGCAUUGUGCCAAGACAAUGGCAUUACUGGCUACCCAACACUACUGUACUACCACAAGAACUCCUUCCUGCCGGUGGAGUACAAGGGCACGCGGGACCUGCCCUCCCUCACUCUCUUCCUCAGCGAGGUCUUCAACUCUAAAACUGAGGGUGAUGCCAAGAAAACCCAGAGCAGUGAAGUCACAUUCUACAGUGGCAUGGCGCAUCUUACCGAUCACAAUAUCGAAAAGUUUGUCGCCAAAGGGCAGCACUUCAUUAUGUUCUAUGCGCCAUGGUGCCAAGCUUGCCAGAGAUUGGCUCCAGUUUGGGCGGAGUUAGGUGCACAGUACGCGCAUAACGAGUACAUACAGAUCGGCAAAGUGAACUGCAUGGAUAACGAACUCACAUGCGCUACCUUCGAUAUUAAGCAGUACCCCUACCUGCUGUGGAUCGUGCAUGGCCGGAUCAUGGGAGUGGCCAAUGCCGAGACGCUGGAAGACCUAAAGGCCUACGUGGAGAAGAUGCUACUAGCCGAGAACCACGACCCCGAGAAGUUCAUGAAGAAGAAGAAAGCCUUGCCCGUCGCGCGCAUCUCUGAGGAGACCUUUGAGAUCUUCAUGGAGAAAGACCUGGUGUUUGUUAACUACUUCGCUCCUUGGUGCGCGCAUUGUAUGCAACUCAGCCCCUUGUGGCUGAAGCUGGGCGAGCGCUUCCAGAACGAGAGCCGCGUGCUCAUCGCCGACGUCGACUGCGUGCGCUCCAAGCCCAUCUGCGAGACGGAGAUGAUAAACGGUCUGCCCACACUGAUCCUGUACAAACACAAGAAGAUAGCGCACGUGGAGCACGGCGCGCGGCCGCUCGAGAGCCUCGUGGGGCUGGUCACGGAGCACCUCGCCGCGCCCGGCGACCCGCCGCCCAAGGACGAGCUGUAGCUAACCACAACUAUAAACUAUUCCACAUUGAUUUGUCGUAACAUGACUUGGGAGCCGGCCUUAGACGAUGUCUAUAUCUGCAAUUUUGUAUUAAAGCGCAAGCGUGCAAUAUCGUGUCUGAGGUUGAGGGUGGUUGCACUAAAUUGUCUGUCACUGUUAACAUUUUGAUGAACAGUCGGCUGUGACAGCCGUCGGAGUCGAAGGACACAACGAUGGUUACAAAUGUUAGCUUCGACAAUGCAAUAGGGACUGCAAGGCGUUCCGUAAAGUUCAAUUCAACCAAGUGGCUUUCAAAAAAUUAGCGAUUGCAAAAAUUAUAUUGAAUAAGAAGUUUCAUAUUAAAUCACCAAGGCGAUAUAACGUUCAUCAGUCCAUGAAAUUGCUGGUCUCUAUUUAACCGACACGAUAUUGCAAC